AUGAAAGCUCAAUGCAUGAAAAGUGUUACUAUUGCUCUGAAAGCUCUGAAUAUCAUUAUCAGUGCUGCUGAAAAAGCUAAAAUUGAGAUUAAGAAGACUAAGUUGAAUAUUGAAAGAAUGAAAUUAGAAAUUGAAAAGAAAAAAGUUGCUGCAGAAAAGAAGAAAAUCAUGAUUAAAAAGAUAAAACUUAACAUUGAAACUAUCAAGCUUGAAGUGUAUUAUGAGCUUUUGAGAAUGAUAAUGUAUGAAACAAUGAAGCAUGUUCAGAGACUCACAGAUUAUCUUGAUAAGAAUUCAGUUACAGUCAGCAACAGCAGCAGUAGUGAUGAGAAAUUUGAUAAUAAUAAUAAUUCUCUUUCUGUCUCUCUCACUGAUAUCUCUACUACUGCUGUUGAUUCUCUCUUUUCUUUCUUCUCUGAUCUUCUGACUCUGAUUGAUUCUCUGACUAUGAGCAGCACUGAAACUCUUGACAUUCUCAGUGAAAAGAUAAGUUAG